AAAAAACCCCAACCCCCAAAACCUUUGGAUCUCCGAUCCCAGUCCUUCACGCACUAACUAAAGCGCACGCGACCUGCGCCGGAGCAGAAACGCGCGGUCGGAGCCUGCGUCUGGGGAGAGGGACUGGGAGGGGCUCGGAAGAGUGGGGCGUCGGGCUCGCAGCUCCACUCUUCUCCCUUCCCGGAGAAGGCCUUACCUAGCCCAACUUGCCCCGGAAGAGCUUUGGGCAGGGUCAGGCUUCCUUAGCAACUGAGAGGAGCGCGGCUAGUAACGCCUUGCUGGCGUCCUUCCCCUGAGGGCCUUUGUGGAAGAUGCCACCCCUGCAGAUAAAAGACUACAGCUGGCAGCAGACCGAGUCCGCGGUGUACCUUUCGUUGCCCCUCCGAGGCGUCCGGCCCGGGAACGCCGACAUCUUCUGCACGGAAAAUUACCUCAAGGUCAACUAUCCUCCAUUUUUGUUUGAAGCAUUUCUCUAUGCUCCCAUAGAUGAUAUUAACAGCAAAGCCAAAAUUGGGAAUGAUGCCAUUGUUUUCACACUGUUUAAAAAAGAAAUUGGAAUGUGGGAGGCCCUUUCUUUGGCAAGUGUUGACAAAGAAAUGAUGCAAAGAAUAAGAGAAAAAUCUGUUUUACAAGCACAAGCAAAAGCAAAAGAACUGACUGAAGCAAAAGCUGUUACAAAAAGAGAAGAUGAAAGAUAUGCUUUGAAAAUAAUGAUGGAGAUUGAAGAAAAUGAGCGGAAAAAAAUUGAAGAUUUGAAAGAAAAUGAAAGGCAAAAAGCAACUAAGGAACUAGAGGCUUGGAAGGAACAGCAAAAAAAUGCUGCUGUUGAAGAAGAAAAGAUAGAAAAAGAACUUAAAAUGUGUCAACAAAAGAAGCAAAUAGAAAAAGAGAUAAAGAAGUCACAAGAUAAAAAAACAACUAACCACAUAAAAAGUAUGAAGUCUAAAAAUUUCACAAAAGGAAAAAAUGCAAAAAUUAUAUUUUCUGAGAAGUUAAAAGAUGACUAUGUUCCUGCCCCUCGUUCCACUGGCAAUAUUAAAAUCCAGUUUACCCCUCGAGUUUUCCCAACUGCUCUCAGAGAAUCUCAAGUAGCAGAAGAAGAAGAGUGGUUACAUAAACAAGCAGAGGCACGAAGAAUAAUGAAUGAAGAUAUUCCUGAACUCCAUGAUUUAAAAGAAGAGGAAAAGAAUCCAGAAUGGUUGAAGGACAAAGGAAACAAAUUGUUUGGAACGGAAAAUUAUCUGGCAGCUAUUAAUGCUUAUAACUUGGCAAUUCGAUUAAACAACAAAAUUCCAUCCUUGUAUCUGAAUCGUGCUGCUUGUCACCUCAAACUUAAAAACCUACACAAGACAAUUGAAGAUUCUUCUAAGGCCCUGGAAUUACUUAUACCACAUGUUGCAGACAAUGCAAAUGCAAGAAUGAAAGCUCAUGUGCGGCGUGGAACAGCAUUCUGCCAACUAGAAUUAUAUGUAGAAGGUUUACAGGAUUAUGAAGCAGCACUUAAGAUUGACCCAUCCAACAAAGUUGUACGAAAAGAUGCUGAGAAGAUUCGAAAUAUAAUCCAAGGAACUGAACUAGAAUAAAAAUGAAUACUACAAGCAGCUAAAUAUUGUGUUGAUAAUGAGGUCCAAACCACUUCACUUUCAUUUUCUUUUGUUGUAUUCUAGUUCAUACUGCCAAAUGACUUCAUGUUUAUUAUUUUUGCAAUUUCUGUAGAAGGCAAAAUAAAAUUGUAAAUUGUAGGAAAGAAGCUAUGCAAAUUGAACAAAUUUGAGUAAAUAAAUCAAAGUAAAAUAAUAAUACAUUUUAAUUCUUUACCUUAGAAGUAUUUAUAAAAUUAUCUUUUUUCCCUUUGUUGUAUGAGCUUGCCCAAGUAAUUAAACAUGUUUGGUGUUUAAUAUUAGGGUGUUGAUUUGAUUUUGAUCAGAGAUCUAUUUUAAAAAAUACAUAGUAUGUAAUGUUUUCAUUUAAAUUGUAUUUUACCAAUAAAGCAGCUGAGUUA